UCCCCUCAUGCUAAUAAGCGGUGACGUCACCGGAAGACAGGCGCUACCUCUCUGCUUCCGGCAGAUCUUCCUUUAAAGGCGCAUUUAAAGCGCAGCUGCAGCCGCGGAUCAUCUAUGCAACGACGGAGCGGCGGGAAGAACGGAGCGGCGGACAGGACCGGAGGACUUUGGGUUGCAGUCUGGACCGAGCCGCAGCGUCUCCGAGACAUUUAUGAGGCUUUCACGUCCUUUUGACUGAUCGGCCAAUCGAUGGGGAUUUUCAGAGGAGCUCCGCCCGCCGUGGUUCAUUGAGCCCUCCAUCCAGCCCCCCCAACACAGAAUGACUCUGGAGCUGACCGAAUGGUCUUCUAUACGGAUUUUUACAGCUUGUAAUAGACAGUAAAGGGGGCGGAGCUCCAUGACAAACGAGCCAUAAACGCCACACACACUCGCACAGACACACACACUCACACACACACACAAGCUGAAACAAACCAAAACUGAAGCUUUCGGUCAGCUUCCUGGAAAGUUCCUUUGAAGUUUUGCUGCUUCCCAGAGUUUAGGAAAACGGAUUUCCAAACGGAACCCGGAGUUUCUGUGUUUUUACGCUCUUUAGUGUUUUUAAAUCCUCUGAAGUUUCAGGUCUUUAGUGGAUCAGCUGAUGAAAGCCCUGAAGCGUCUGCAGCUUCAGUCGUCAUUCUGUCCGGGAUCGUUUUUAUUCCAUCAGUUGGAUCAGGAAACGUCAUCGUUCAUUCACCGGGAGGAACCACAAAGCAUUUGGAGGCGGUCCUUCUGUGGCUCCGUAGACCCGCCGGCGUUCUGCUGCGUGCAUGCCCUCCACCAUGCCCCCCCAGAACACCGAGGCUGACGCGGUGCCGGUGGGAUCUCUGGGCGGCGGCGGCAAACGAUGCGGCGCGUCAGGCCACGAGGAGGACAAAGGUGGAGCGGGCGGCGAGGCGGACGGAGCGGGAGGGGCAGAGGAAUCGGCGAGCGAGGGAUCUGUGGAAGGAAUCACAGUGAAGAGAUGGGUGAUGCACGGCGCCGUCAUGUUCGGACGGGAGUUCUGCUACGCCAUGGAGACGGCGCUGGUGACGCCCGUCCUGCUGCAGAUCGGUCUUCCAGAGCAGUACUACAGUCUGACCUGGUUCCUCAGCCCGGUUCUCGGCCUGAUGUUCACGCCGCUCAUCGGCUCCACCAGCGACCGCUGCACGCUCCGCUGGGGCCGGAGGCGGCCCUUCAUCCUGGCGCUCUGCAUCGGAACGCUGAUGGGCGUGGCCUUGUUCCUGAACGGCUCGUUGAUCGGCCUGUCUCUGGGGGACGAACCCGGUAAGCAGCCGAUCGGAAUCGUUCUGACGGUUCUGGGCGUCGUGGUUCUGGAUUUCUGCGCCGAUGCCACGGAGGGUCCGAUCCGAGCGUACCUACUGGACGUGGCUGAUACCGAAGAACAAGACAUGGCGCUCAACAUCCACGCGGCUUCUGCGGGUCUGGGCGGCGCCGUGGGCUAUGCCCUGGGAGGUCUGGACUGGACGCACACCUUCCUCGGAGCGAUCUUCAAGUCCCAGGAACAGAUCCUCUUCAUCUUUGCCGCCAUCUUGUUCUCCGCCUCCGUGGUCCUCCACCUCUUCAGCAUCGAGGAGCAGCAGUACUCGCCACAGCAAGACCGGCUCGACCCGGAGAGUCCUGACCCCGCCCAUCAGCCAGCAAACGGCAGGGCUGGCUGUCCCGGGUUGGAGAUGAUUGGCGAGCACACCACCAUGGAGUCAUGUGACCUGUACGACUCUUACGACGAUAACCAUUCGGACCACGGAGACCUGGACUUCCUGCAGGUGGAGCUGGUGAGAAGUAAAAGUGACAGCGUGCUCGCCAUGGCGGACGCCACGCUGGACCACCUAGACCAUGAUGCUUUGUUCCUGUGCCACAUCGAGCCGUCCAUCUUCGCUGACCACCUCUCCCCCUAUCACGGCUCGCCCUCCAGGACCUCGUCCUUCUUCAAUGCCAGUCGCGGCGGUUCCCGUCCGCCGCUCGCCAACAUCAGGCGCAGCAGCAGCACCGGCAGUGAAGACUUGCUCCGCCCCCAUUUCACCAAUCAUCCUGCUCCAGCUCCGAGGGUUUCACGUCUUUCCGCUUUCUUGCAAGAACUGGAGAACGACGACGGUCAGGAGGCGCUGCUGAACAACCAGCUGAACGAGCAGCGGACGCUGAACGGACGGCUGCUCGCCGGCGUGGGCGGGGCCGAGAGAGCAAGCACCGACCGGCUGAGCUCUAAGGGGCAGGCGCACCGCGCUGGGAUGAUCAAAGCUGCCAGUACCGGCGCUCCAAUGCGGCAGUCCCGCCACCGCCACACCUUCUACCGCCAGCCGUCCUGCACCUUCUCCUACUACGGGCGCGUGGGCAGCCACCGAUACCGCUAUCGGCGCGCCAACGCCGCUUUCCUGAUCAAACCGUCACGCAGCAUGAGCGACCUGUACGAAGUGGAGGCUCGACACCGGAGGGCCAACCGGCAGAGGAACCGGCACCGCAGCCGGAACACCAACUCCUCCAGCGGAGACACGGAGAGCGAGGAGGGCGAGGUGGAAACCACCGUCCGGCUGCUGUGGUUGUCCAUGCUGAAGAUGCCUCCAGAGCUGUUGCGGCUGUGCGCUUGCCACCUGCUCACCUGGUUCUCCAUCAUCGCCGAGGCCGUCUUCUUCACGGAUUUCAUGGGUCAGGUCAUCUACAGCGGAGAUCCCACGGCGGCUGCAAACUCCACCUCCCUGGAGAACUAUCACCGCGGCGUUCAGAUGGGGUGCUGGGGGCUGGUUAUUUACGCCAUGACUGCGGCUACAUGCUCAGCGAUUCUUCAAAAGUAUCUGGAUAACUUUGACCUGAGCAUCAAAGUGAUCUACAUCCUUGGAACUCUGGGAUUCUCUAUAGGAACUGCCGUCAUGGCCAUCUUCUCUAACGUGUACGUUGCCAUGGUGAUGAUCAGCAGCAUGGGAAUCAUCUCCAUGAGUAUCUGCUACUGCCCCUACGCUCUGCUGGGACAGUAUCACGAAAUGAAGAAGUACAUCCAGCACAGUCCUGGAAACUCCCGCAGAGGAUUUGGUAUUGACUGCGCCAUCUUGUCCUGCCAAGUGUACAUCAGUCAGAUCCUGGUGGCCUCCGCUCUGGGCCCCCUAGUGGAAGCUGUCGGUAGUGUUCGUGUCAUCCCCAUUGUGGCGUCCGGGGGCUCCUUCCUGGGGUUUUUGACCGCCUGCUUCCUGGUUAUUUACCCGACUCCAAACAACGGGGAGGCAGAUUCAGCCAAAGCUUCAGAGAAACAGGCCUUGACCACGCUGGAAAACCCCAGCGGCUGUGAAGGAGCCGUUGCCGUGGCGAUGGAGAAGCCCAGCUUCCUGAAGCUGACCAAGGGGGGCCAGGCCGCGGUCACCACCUCCUCCAGUCACUCGGAGACAGAGUCCGCUCUGUGACGGAUCUGCUGGACCAGAGCUGAGAGGCUGAAAUGACCUGGUAUCAUCAAACCCACCGGUCUGCUGUGGGACCGGACCAGCAGGUCCAGCUGGACCUGCACUGGUCUCAAUUCUGCUGUAGCAUCAGUCCAUCAUGGAGAGUCUCAGAGGAAAGCUCGUGUCUCAGGGCCUUCAGGAAGAGUUUCUGAGCGACUGUGGAGGACGUCAGUCCGACUCCGCCUGGAGACGAACAUCCGAAUGAUCCAGAAGGACGAAUAAGCUGCAAUCCUCAGAAUAACCUGAAAUCCGUCUUCCCGUCUGUGGAUCCAGCCUCGGACGCUGACCGACGCACCAAAACCAGCGGACGACCCUCCAGACUUUCACUCUGUCUGCAAUAGUAGCUUUAAGGUUUACAGACUUUUAAUGGGGGGUGGGGGGUAGAUUAGAUCCUGGUCCAAACAGGACAGACCACCACCCCUCCCCCCAAACCAACAUGGAUCCUUUCAGAUUCCGGUUUGCUCCGAGUCCAAACGAUCCGCUGCAUGUUGGAUGAAACCAAACGUCUCGUCUUCGUCUCCACGUUCGCUCACAAUCAUCGGUUUGAACUUUUUGAGUUUGAAAAACGCAAAGAACUUUCUGCACAAAACUACCUUAAUAGUUUGGUUCUGAUGGUUCUGUUGGGCCAGCUGGGAUUCCCGGAUGGAGGACGAUGUUUUGAAGAAUCAGUUUCAUAUGAAAGCUUUGAUCUUUGCUGAAGUUCAAGACAUCAAAUCUGAAAACGUUCUGAAAACGUCGAGGUUCCGGGUGGAUCUGGACUCUCUCCUGCAGAACCCGGUUUGGACUCUGCACACUCGGCCCCGCCUCAGGACCUGGCUCGGUUCUGCUGCACUUUUGGCUCCGCCCAAAGGGGGUGGUGUUUGGAAGACACACCUCUUCCAUCUCUGACCAACCACACACCUUCAUUAGCAAUGACACGGCGAGUGCGACAUGAUGGGGGCGGAGCUUCAAUCAGGCACUUUGAACAUUCAUGCAUGGGGUGGGGGUGGGGGGCAGGAGUGGAUUAUCCUAAAGCUUUUAUCAAUAAGCAAUAAUCGAUCGAUGCGUCUGAUUGGUUCAGAGUUUUGGUUGUUUUUUUCUCCACAUUUGAAGGAUUUACGGCGUUAAAGUCAAACAUUUGAGUUUGUGUUUUUACAGAGAAAAAUACUGAGUUUGGAUUUAAAAACACGGCUUCUUCUGACGUUUUAAGACUUCUGUUUCACAAAAUAGAAAGUUAGAAGUUUCAUUAUUUCAGGCAGAUAAAAUCGUCAUUCUGAUUGUAGUCUCCAGUGUUUAGCGGGACUCUGGGCGUGUCCGGCGUGCAUGUGUGGAACACCAAAGUCUCCUCAUAGGUCACAGAUUUACUCCAAAUGCAUGCUGGGAUUGAAAUGUUUUAUUUUUGUUUGAUUUCUGAAACUUGCUCCUAAUAGCUGAAGCGUUUCCUGGAAACUGGCGUUUGGUUUUCUACACUUUUGCACAAGCAUCAGGCAGCAUUGAUGGAGCAGACGGAGCGUUCGAACCCUCACAGGAUGUGGAAGCGUUUGAUGAGAAAGUUUGUUUGUGGAGGUUGUUGUUUGAAUGGCCGCUCGGCCUGCUGGGAGAUUGAGUUCUUAACCUUUUGAUUCCAUCUGCUGACUUGAAAUGUAAAGAUGAAUGUGAGUCGAUUUCUGCUGAAACCUCUCAGUUUGGACAUUGCACAGCGGUUUCACUCUAAGAGGAAAUCUCAGUUUAGUUACAGACAGAAACGAAAUCUGGACGUUUGUUUGUCCAGAAAGGACACGUUUGCAAUGAAAGCUUUUAUUUGCUGUUACAGGAAGAACUGGACGAGCCGACUCGAGCAGACUUGAGCUGACUCGACCAGAUUCGAGCAGACUUGAGCCGACUCGGCCGGACUCGAGCCGACUCGAGCUGACUGGGCUAGAUUUGGACCAGCUCGAGCUGACUUGGCCCGACUCGCCCAGACUCGAGUCGACUCGAGCCAACUUGGGCUGCUUUGACUGGACUCGGGCUGACUCGAUUGGACCCGGACCAAAUCGACCGCACUUGGGCAGACUCGAGCGUUCCGGUGUCGUCUUCGCUGUGCUCCGGUUUACACUCAGAACUCGCCGGUCUUGGUUUCUGAAAGUGUCUUUAUCGCUCCUCGCUGCAGACGGAGUUUGCACUUUGGUGAUCAGUCUGAAUGUUUCUGGCGUCCCGUUGGUCUGGACGCCGUCCUCACCGUCACAUGACACUUCCUCCGACGGCGGUGGAGGAGAGACAUGCCUAAAUACUUUAAUGUUCAUAGAGAUUCAAUCAAGAGUAUUUAAAGAAUGGGAAAUCUGUGCAGUGGACUGUAUGAAUCCAUAUAUUAUGCCUUGUUUUUGAGAAAAAAAGAUGUAAAUAUUCCUUUUUCUUUUAGUUUCUUCUGUUUUGCUGCUAUAAAAAGAUGAAUAUUUUUGUUAGUAGUUCUGUUUUCUAUACAUAGAAUGUACAUAGAAAGAUCUCUAAGUUAUAUAAAUGCUUGAGCCUUCAUAAGUAGGACUCUGAAUGAACACUGUAUGACUCGCACCUUUGAAAUCUGAAGUAAAAUUUAAAAAACAAUUUUUUGUUUUUAACUUUUGUUAAAUACAAAUGUUUGAGUUUGAGGGAAAAACUGGGAGAUUCAAUGUUACAUCUUAAUAAAAUGCUGAAAAAGUCUCAA